AAAAGACGAAGAGCACCACAGGAAGUCCACAGUGUUCUCUCCAUCCCGAAGAAGAUCGUGUUUCCAGCACACACAGCUCUUUUUGCCUUAAUUUACUCGGAAAGCGUAAACAAUGAUCCGAGUCCUCCUGUUGGCGGUCAGCCUGGUGGCAAUGGCGUCCUGUGACUGGGCAGCUCGAGGAUCCAGCCUCCGCGUCCCAUUCGAUGCACAUCUGCGACUGCCAAAGAUGAACAUCUUUGACCAGUCGAAAAUAGAAGCAAAGAGGAGUGAGGCGGUGCGCGAGGAGGAGCGGGACGAAGUGCUGUGGACGAGCGAGUGCUCGCCGCGAGUGGCGGGUGUUCGGCGUGGUCAGGACGCUCGCCUUCAGUGUGAGGUGGUCGCCCCCACAGGCUCUGUCCUCACGUGGUACAAGGACGGCGUGUCACUGAACCGAGAGGGUGCCCAGGUCGAGGUAGGUUCCACGCCCCAAGAGCUUCUGGAAGAGGCGACCAACAUGCUGGGUCUGGAGGAGGAGCUGUCCUCAACGGCGUCCACUUCCGAUUCCGUCCUGCAAAUCUCCUCCGUCGUCUAUUUGGACUGCGUCUCCGACCAACACCAGGCGACAUACAAGUUGGAGGUGAGGGCACCACGGAGUCAGAAGUCUUACUCUCGUCUUUUUACUGUAGUUAUCGUAGGUGACGAAAGCGAGACACUGGAGGAAGGCCCCACGUGCCGCCUGGGCGGCCUCGUCAAUGCUCUGCCUCGCAUCUACCAACACUCCCCCGCGGCCAUGGGUCAUGUAGGGGACUCCGUGAUGUUGCCUUGUCGCUCGCAGGGUCACAACGUCACUCGGGAAUGGUUCCUCAACGAUGAGAGGAUUUCUGGCGACGCCAGCUAUCAAAUUUCAGGCACCGGCGACCUGAUUGUGCGACGGCUGAGUGCACAGGGUCGCACACGGUAUACGUGCAGGGUGGCCAGCACGCGGUUCUCUGCCCUCAGUGACACUGUAUUAACUGAAAUGGUGACUAUGUAAUGACCAUCGAAUCACACUUCAAGAUGACCCGCUUCGAAGCCGACUUCUCUGAAUUACUCCCGUGUAUUAUGACUGAUGAUGCACCUCCGCUUAUAUCUUUAUCAGAUUAAUUAUGGGGCUGAAUUAGCCCUGGAAAUCAAGGCUC